AUGAAUAGCAAUUCGAAAGCGGUUUCUGUUGCUGCGUCUAUUUGCACCACUUCUGUCUCAGAUAUGCCUUCUGGACUUGUCAAUCAUUUGUACGAUAAUGGUGCUUUUUUUAUUUUUCUUAAUGUACCACAAAAUGUGGAAUUUGGGAUUGAUUAUAAGUCAUGGCGUGUAGGUCCAAAAUUUCUUGGAUUGAAAAUGGUUCCACCUGGUGUACAUUUCGUUUUCUUCAGUGUCAAAACUGCUCCACGCAUAGGUUUUUUUCAUGAUUUUAAAGAAAAAGAAGUUUUGGUACGCAAAUGGGACUCCUCCCGUGAAGAUAUGGUAGUUGAAUCAGUCCCUUCUAAUGAGGUGGAAAGAGUACGCUCAAAUUUGAAAUCAAUGGAUAAUGGUUUGGCGCCAUAUCCUUAUGAAACUUAUCGAAAAUGGUUUUCCUUAAGUAAUUAUAUUACAGGAAAAACGGUUGCAAGAUUGCGUCCAGAAAAUCAGUAUGGUCGUAUUACAGGUCAAGCAGAGUUGGUCACGAUGGAGACGGAAAUGAUGGAAAAGGAGAGUAUACAAGGAUAUCCCUCUUCGUGCGUUGAUCGUGAUCAUCCUACCAGAAUACGAUUUGUAGAUGAAUGCGGUCUUCCAAUCAUGAAUAUUAGACCUGGUUUUCAAAUUCGAUUUAGUGAAAUUUCUUUACAGUCUGAGAUUGACUCCAUAGAUACAAAGAAUUUCUCAGAUCAAACCUGGAAACUGCGAAGAAUCAUUAAUAUUCUUGAUGGAGAAUGGUGUGAAGUUCUUGGAGAACUGCAAUUUGCAUUCAUAUGUUUUUUAAUGGGGCAGGUAUAUGAAGGCUUCGAACAGUGGAAGCGUUUAAUAUGCUUGUUGUGCAGCUGCGUUGAGGAGAUUUUUGAGUGUAAGGAUUUAUAUAUGGCAUUGUUACCAGUUUUGCAUUUCGAGUUGAAAGAAUGUCCAGAGGAUUUUUUCAUUGACAUCGUUUCGCGAGAUAAUUUCUUGUCUACGACACUUUCCAGAUUGUUUAAAAGCAUAAAUGGUAAGUCAAAGAUGUGCUGGUGA